CAUCCAUUAGCGAGGCUUUGGUCUGCUAGUGGUGUACAAAGUAGAGUCUCUCCAGCGCGCCCUCCCCGCCGCCGCCGCCAUGUCGCCGCUCGCCCGCUCGCUGCUCGCGCUCGCCGCGCUGCUCGCCGCCGCCGACGCCCAGGAACAAUGCACUACGAAAACUGUCGGUCAAGUAACUAAUCAUCACGUACCUCUAACUCCUGUACAUGUCGAUCCUCCGGGGAGGCGAGUGAUAAUUCCUAAGGGUGCUUGCGAGCCAUAUUUUAGGGAGGUUGGUGAAACGAUAGUGUGUUGCAACAGGAAUCCGAACUUCUAUCCUCCACCCACCAUCGAUGUACCAGAUUACCCUCCCAAUUUGUCACCCGUCGAUGUUCGCGUUUCUGAUCCACUAGGAUGUGAUUGUCGCAUCACCCAGUAUUGUUCUGAUGAUUAUAAAAUUUAAAACGUUUACGAUUUGAAUUAUUAUUUAAAUACUAUGGCUUUUAACAAACGGACACUACUUAUGCACACGUAUGAAUUGUUUUGUGUUAAAACAACGUGCACUAGCUGCUGUGACUCUUCAUCUAAGUUUCACAUUAUUGUUAUAAUUGAUUUAACGUUUAAUUAUUUCUAAAUUGUUAGUUUUAUUUUCUGUAUAGUGCACAAUAAAUAAUAUUUAACCUUCAUGUUUUAAAUAAAGAUUUUAUUGCA